ACCUCACACCUCUCACUCACUCCGCCCUCGCCCCCGCCAUCUCAUCGACGGCUCGAAGCCGAACCCUCGGCAAGUAAAAGAUACCUAACCCUAGCUCGUCCGCCAUGGCCAGGGAGGCGUCGUCGUCCUCCGCGCCGGGGCCCUCGGAGUUGCCGCCGGCCGCUCGUGGCAGCGGCAGCGGAAGCGGAAGCGGCGGGGACACGCCGCGAGUGCCGCGGCGGCGCGCCCGCGGCGACCCGCUCCUCAUCGUGUGCGGCUGCUUCAGCGUCGUCACGGCCGCCACCGCCUUGCUCUGCGUCGCCGUCAACGUCCUAUCCGCUGUCCAGUCCUUCCGCCGCAACGGUGGCUACAUAUUCGGGGGCAUAUUCCGGUGCUAUGCGGUGGUGAUCUCGCUAUUCGUGGCCGUCCUCGAGACUGAGUGGGGAUUCAUCAUCAAAUUCUGCAAGAUAUUGGAAUACUGGCCUGCAAGGGGGAUGCUACAGAUAUUUGUUGCUGUCAUGACAAAGGCAUACCCAAACGUUGAAAGGAGCGAUCUGAUUUUGCUUCAGGACAUUGCCAGCUAUCUGCUCCUUGCAUGUGGACUAAUCUAUGUAAUCUCGGGGGUAUUAUGUCUUGGUGUACUAAAGCGCUCUAGGCAGCAGAAAGCAACAUCACGAGAGCAAGCAGCCAAAGAUCUGCAGGAGCUGGAGAAGCGGAGAGAGGAACUCGAGGCACUGUUAAUUGCUGAGAGGUCCGAAUUGGUCUGAUGAAUCUGAGCACGACGAUUUAACAUUUCUCACAUGGUGUAGAUAGAUUGUUGCUCCUGCUAAUUGCAUGCCGCUUUUUCAUGGUCAUCGAUUUGUCACCCGAGACAUUUUCGUUGGGAGUGCCCCCUUUUCCUGUGUUCCAGUUUUCGUCUAGAUUUCUGCUGAAUUUGGUUUCUGGUGUGAGCAUUUUCGUGGAUGCAUGGAUCAAGCAAUGUAUGGAUUGUGUGAGCAUUUUCGUGGAUGCAUGGAUGCAUGGUGUGAGCAUUUUCGUAAAUGGAUGGAUUGAGCAUUUUCGUAAAUGGAUGGAUCUUACAGUAUCUGAAUUUGGUAAAUGGAUGCAGGUGUGAGCAUUUUCGUGGAUGCAUGGAUUGUGUUGUCUCAGUUGUGUUGGAUUUAUGUUAAUGCCGUAGGCCUCAAAAUGUACCAUGCUGACAUGGUGUGUGUUUGUUGUCUCUGUAGUCUUUGUCUGAACCAUGGAUGCUAAAUAAUUUUUUGUAUUUUGUGUAAUAGAGGGUCCAUGCUUGGUUAACUUC